UAGCUGCUUCCGUGUUCUCCUCAGGGCAACAUACAAUGGACGCAACCGUCAUAAAAGCGAUAUUGUUUGACUUGGAUAACACGCUCAUUGAAACAAAUCGGGCAAGUGGAUUUGCGAUACAAAAGACUCGUGAACUUUUGAAGAGCUCCCUGGCUCUUGAUGACGACACCGUCUCCAGCAUCUGUGACAAGUUCAAGAAAAAACUCCUGCAUGAGAAGUUUGACCCUGCAGCUGGCAGAUCCAUCGAUGAGGUCCGAGUGGGUCACUGGGAUGAGAGCAUCAAGGAAACUGUGGACGGUUCAACACCCUCCCUGGCAGCAGAAUGCUACUACAUGUGGAAAAAUAGUCGACUGGAGCUUCUUUGUCUCUCUCCGGAGAUAUGCAAUCUUCUCAAACAACUUCGGAAGAGAUACAAGCUGCUGCUCUUGACCAACGGGAAUGCUCAAACGCAGAGGGAGAAAGUGGAGGCGGUGGGUUGUGAAAGGUUUUUUGAUGCAGUUGUGGUAGGGGGAGAUUACGCUGAGCAGAAACCCUUCCCCUCCAUCUUCAGACUGUGUUUUGACCUGCUCCAGGUGGAGGCCCGGGACUGUAUUAUGGUUGGAGACUCACUGGACACAGACAUCCAGGGUGGGUUCAGCGCACAAGUGCGUGCUACAAUUUGGAUUAACAGUACAGGAGAUGAAGUUCCAGUUGGUUCUGUGACACCAGACUACACAAUUUCUACUGUAUUGGACCUGGAAGAUAUUCUGGCACGACUAAAUUAAGGAGAACAGGUGUUCAACCCCUGCAUACCAUCACUAAUGUUGACUGAAUGAGGAAGAAAUGUAAAUAUAUAUCUAGGCCUGCCACAAUAAUGAAUAUAUUGAUUUAUCGAACGAAUAAUUAAAAAAAAAAGCAGGUCGAUAACGACGAGCCCUCGAUAACUUGACAUUUACGUGUAUGCGCGUCUGCUCCAUCUGUUAAUCUCCCUGUGGUACACAGGCUGGAUGACAAGAGGGUUCACUCUGCACGUGUCUUGUGUUCAUUGGCUCCAUAUGAAUGAACACAGAAGAGAGCGAGCAUCUUCUCAGAUAGCCUAUUAAGCAUCUUUGUCCUAGUAGUGGAGGCUGUGGCUGCAGUUAGCUAGCAGACCCGAUUAUGAAUGAAGGCACAAAAGUAAUCGUUUCUAAGCCGAAUGCCACAGUUCCAGUGUGGAUGUGACGCAAAGCCUUCGUCCCCACAGUCAACACUUACUGAGGCGCUUGAGUAAAUAUUAGAAGAAACAUCGCUAAAUGGUGUUCACAGUGUCAUUGCAAAAUAAAUGCAACCUUUCAAUACGGUUGAAAAGCCAACAUUUGAAAAACCAACUUAGGAAGGUAUCAGCAACAUUGCAUGAGAGCUCACUGUCUUGGUUGUUUUUAUCCACCUAUUGCGUUGCUGUUUGUAGUUCUUUUGACACUAUGAGUAGGAUUGGUCUGUGACGUCAUGAGUGUUCUGCUAGGCGGUUUCUGUGCCUCAUGUACACGAUGCUUGAUUGCCAUCUAGUGGCGCAAAUGUGACAUGACAAUAUGAUCAUUGAAUAAUAAUAAACCAAAUGAUAAUAUGGUUUAAAAAAGGUCGAAAUUAUCGACCAUCAAAAGUUUGUUAUCGUGACAGGCCUAUAUGUAUCUAUGAGGUUAUUGGUAGGCGUUUCUUUUACAUUUUGGUGAAAUUAUUGAUGAUGCCACAAAAAUGUAAGAAUAUUAUGUCAAAAAGCAUUUAAUUGCCAAACACUGUGUGUUCCUUGACGGUGUAUGCAUUGUUGCAUAAGACAUAAGAUGUAAUAUACAGUAAAUAUAUAAACCCGUGUCUUAUGCUA